UCAUUAGAAUAUUUGAUAAAAAUGUAUGUGGUGUCGUGUAUAACAUUUAAUAUACCUCAUAUUAGAAGCCUUUGAGGCAGCAAUUAACAGACAAAAUUGUGUGUUGAUCAACAAAGACCGUUUCGUUUGUCUCUUUGCGAUCAUCUAUAUUCUAAAAUCCCAGUUCUCUGAUUCCCUGCAACUUUAUAAAUCCUAAUUAAUCGAAACUACUUACACCUUCUUAGUUCACAGCAGUGAUGAUCACUUUCUUCUUCAUCAUCUCAAUCCUGGUAGUUUUAGCGAGAUUAAUCCACAAACUAUGGUGGAAGCCUCUUCAAAUCCAGAAAAUCCUCCGAUCACAAGGGAUCAAAGGGCCCUCCUACAAACUCAUUCAUGGAAACACCAAAGACAUCCUCAAAAUGAGGAAAGAAGCAAUCAGCAGCUGCGACGACCUCUGCAGUCAUGACGUUUUUCCAAGAAUUCUUCCCCACUUGAAUACGUGGAUCAAGUUAUAUGGAAGUAAUUUCCUCAUUUGGAUGGGUGAUCAACCUCAAAUAAUUGUCACUGAACCCGAGUUGGCUAGGGAGAUAUUAACAAAUAAGGAUGGAAUCUACAAAAAAUGCAAGCCUUUAAAUUAUGUUAAGAGGCUAUUGGGAGAUGGCCUUGUUGUAGCAGAAGGUGAAAAAUGGUCCAAAUUAAGAAAGCUCUCUAACUAUGCUUUUCAUGGAGACUCCUUGAAGGACAUGGUUCCUGCAAUGGUGGAGAGUGUGGACACUAUGUUGGAGAGAUUUGAAGGGAAUGUAGGUAAAGAAAUCGAGAUAAGCAAGGAAUUCAAGCUUUUAACCUCGGAUAUAAUCUCUAAGACUGCGUUUGGGAGCACCUACGUUGAAGGCCAAGACAUAUUCGACAUGCUCAUGAAGUUGGUAGUUUUGAUCACAAGAAAUGCUUUCAAGAUCAGACCUUUUGGCCUCAAGAGGAUUUGGAGGCCAAGUGAUGAGAUUGAAGCUGACAGAGUUGAGAAAUCACUGCGUGAUUCAAUUGUAUCGUUGGUUAGGAAGAGGGAAGAUAUGGUUAGGACAGGGCAGUUGGAAGACUUUGGUAAUGAUUUUCUUGGAGCCCUCAUGAAGGUUAAUCAUGAGGUUGAUCCCAAGAUUAGGAUCUCAUUAGAUGAUAUAGUUGAUGAGUGUAAGGUGUUUUUCAUUGCUGGACAUGAGACCACCAGCAGCUUGCUGUCAUGGACAGCUCUUCUGCUCUCCAUCCACGAGGAAUGGCAAGAGAGAGCGAGGGACGAGGUGCUUCAUCUCUUUGGAAUGGAUAAACCCACUGCACAAGGCCUUUCUAGGCUUAAAAUUCUGACUAUGAUUCUGAACGAGGCGUUGAGGCUGUACAGCCCGGUUCUUGCUCUCACGAGAAAAGUAGGGCAAGAAACGAGAUUAGGAAGGUACAAGAUUCCUGCAGAUGUUGAGGUGUACAUUCCACCAUUAGCACUGCAUAGGAAUCAUGAAAUAUGGGGGAGAGAUGCUCAUCUGUUCAAGCCUGAGAGGUUUGGUGAUGGGGUGGCUAAGGCCGCAAAUGGGAAUCCCACGGCCUUGGACUUCCUCCCAUUCGGGGCCGGCCCAAGGGCAUGUGUGGGCUUGAACUUUGCAGGUCAUGAGGCGAAGGUCGCGCUCAUCAUGAUCCUGCAGCGUUAUAAGCUCACGCUCUCGCCAAACUAUGUCCAUGCCCCUUUUCAGCUUCUCACUGUCAAUCCUCAACAUGGAAUUCAAAUCAUUCUGCAAUCUGCGUAGAAUGAAUGUGUGCUGAUCACUUGGUUAAAAAAAUGUAAUUUUCCCUUUUAUAUGUUGAUAGAAACUGUAUUAGUUCUAUCUCAUUCUACAUUAAAAACAUAUGUAUCCUAGGAAACAUCUAAUGUCACUUUCAUUGCCUUGUUUGCC